GGCAAAAGAACUUAGCCAUGCUGCCAAAUCUUGAAUAGGUUGUUUUAUCUGACAGGAACAAGAAUAGCUUUUACGCAACUGAUUCAUAAAUCGGUCUGUGUUCAUACGACGCCAUUUUCCUUGUUGUAGGUGCAUCAAAUGUCAUAAUAAUUUUAAAUUUUCUGUUCAAAUAAAUUUAUUUUGGUUGUAGAAAUAUAUUUUUUUACAUUUAACUUUGGAGUAUUUUAUACUGUUUGUUUAAUACUAACUGAACAUUUACAUCGCCGCAGUUAUUCGUGAUUUCUUUGAGGUCGUUGUUUCAAGGAUCUCAUGUUCUUCAAAGAGGAUCUUCUUCAUAAAAGGUAGCGAGUUAUACGCCCACUGUUGCGUUGCAUCGUAAGAAUAUAAAGUGCGUAUUGUGCGUUUAUAUUUCUUUUAUGAAGGAAUGACACAUUGAACUGUAAGAUCGUGAGAGCAGUAGUACGUUUGGUUUGAUGGGACAAUGAGUGAUUCGCCAGGAGUGGAGUGGCUCCCAGCUUACAGCCCCGGACCACCGCGCCACAGCCCUUUAGGUCCUAUACCUCGGUUUUUAUACGAAGAUGUCCAACCAUUGUCUCUACAACAGGAAAAUAACAAUAAGGAAGGUGAUCAAAAGGAGAACUCAAAAAUAAUGCAUGCUAAACCAGCUUACAGCUAUGCCAGUAUGAUCAGACUGGCUAUUAGCAGUUCUCCAAAUGGCAAGAUGACCCUUAAUGAGAUUUACAAUUAUAUCUGUAAUGCUUUUCCUUAUUACAAAGAAGCUGGUAAAGGAUGGAUGAAUUCGAUAAGGCACAACUUGUCCCUAAAUAAAUGCUUCAUGAAAGUGGCCCGCAGUAAAGACGACCCGGGCAAAGGCUCAUACUGGGCGAUGGAUACCAGCCAGAAAAUGGCCGAAGUGACGCCGCGACGCCGUAGGAGUAUAAGGAUGGCGCCAUACAGUCCGGAGUGCAGUUCCAACAGCAGCGGCGCGGACGCGGCGGCCACGCCCCCCGCCACGCCCACCACGCCCACGCCUCCCGCCCCCACCUCCCCCACCUCGCCCCCUCACACCACGACGCUCACUAUCAAGCAGGAACACGGCGAAACAGUUGUUCCAGACACUAACCACACAGACGAUGCGUUGUCGAAACUGAUGAACGAGGAGCUGAUGACGGAUGUCGACAUCAGUACAGGUAACAUACUUACAAUAUGUUUUCACGAACUUAUUAAGGACUAUGCCUCUAUAAGAGUUACAAAUAGUUUACAUGGUUCUGUGCUUUUAAAAUUGACAUUCAAAUAAUUCGUUAUAUUGCUCUAC